AUGCAGUCCAAAAUCAGCGCCUUCUUCAAAUCUCCCGCUCAUGUGCCAAAAUCCAGUGACCCAGCUCUGGUUGUCGACGGCGACGAUGACGAACUAGCAAUCUAGAAGAAAGAGCAUCGUAUCUUCAAUAUCUACGAGCGAAAACGUUCCGAUCCAAAAAUGACGAUUAUCAAGAAUAAGAAGAGGAGCUAUGCUCAGUUCCAUCUAGAUUGUGGUCAAUCUGAUUUCCUGUUACACAAUUGUUCCACUUGCGGUGUCAAAUUUGCUCCAGGUGAUGCAGAGGAUGAGAAGGCACACAAAGAAUUUCAUAAAACAUAUACUCGAGGGCUUCCAUUUAAAGGAUGGACAAACGAAAGGGUUGUCCAUAUGCCUAAUGGCAAAGGGGGUCGAAUCAUUUUGGUCUUGCAGGGUGACCCUCUAGCUCAGAAAAAUAAGGUCGAAGAGGUUGUGAAAAUGAUGGAAAUUGACCUUGGAACGGGAUGGAUAAUUCAUCAACACUGCAAGGUUUAUCUGUUCAUUUCCCUACAGAGGAUUGUUGGGUGCCUUGUUGCUGAACCAAUCAAAGAAGCAUUUAAAGUUAUCUCUUGCUCAGUUGCUGGAAGUUCUGAUGGCAGCAGAAAGAAGGAAACAAAUUCAUGUUCAACCACUCUCCAAUUUGGGGAUAUAAUUUUUCGAAGAGAAGUUAAAAAAAGAGCCUCUUCGGGAAAUGAAUUUGCAGAAUUGGACACAACACAUGGUGGGGCAACAUUCUGUGAAGACAAGGCAAUCACUGCAGUUUGUGGCAUUAGAGCCAUAUGGGUGACUUCCUCCAACAGAAGAAAACGCAUUGCCACCCAUUUGCUAGAUGCUGUGAGGAAAAGUUUCUGCAUGGGUUUCGUGCUUGACCAUUCUCAGUUAGCAUUCUCUCAGCCAACAUCAGCUGGAAUGGCAUUAGCAUCAAGUUACACUGGCACUGGAUCAUUCUUGGUGUAUAGAGACAACAAAACAGAGUCAUAGAAAUUGAAUCCGCUAAGCCAUGUUUUGAUUACUUUUAUAGAAUUAUGGAUGUUGUAGUUAUUGCAUAAUGUUAAUUAUGGUGUUGAUUUACGUACAAAACCUUGAAUGCUUUCAUUAAGAAUGUUAAGGUUAUAUAUGAGCAUAUUCUCUACUAUGAAAUAUGAGAAGUUCAUGUAGCAAGAGUAGGAAUUUAUAUAGCACUGUUCGGGGAGGGAUUUUUUAUUGUUUGAUUAGAUUAACAAAGAAGAAUUAUCUACUUCAUCAGACUAGUUCCGGAUUCGGGCAAGUUAAUUAGCACACGUUUUAGCUUCUUGAUUCA